ACAAUUCCAUGCUGUGUGCUCCAGCCUGGGCUGACAUAUAUCAACCUCCUCCCAACCAGCGGCUCAGGAUCCUGUCACAACGACACAACACCCAAACCAAAGCGCCUGCAACCCCAACCAGCUGCCGGCCUAUAUUCACUUCAUUUUUGUCGCUGCCUUCUGCAAUCUACGCCCUACGCGACUUCCAGAUCCUGUCCCGAGACUAUAACGUCAAGCUCUCCAACGAAUUCUAUAUCGCCAAGGUAAGUUUCCCCAUCGCCACGACGAAUCCAAGCCUGCAAACUUACCGCUCUCCAUCCCAGGUGAUCAUGGCCAGCAACAACGCCGCCGCCGCCGCUGCCGAUGCUGCUCUAAAGGCCGCUGUCAAUGCUGCUUGCGACGCCACCUGUGAGGCCGCGACCGCUUCCGCCGCUGCGGCCCAAGCGAUUCAUGACCUCGGCCCUACCGCCGUCGCCGGCACUGUUGCCGACUAUGCUGCCGGGGCUGCUUCCUUCGCCGCCGAGGCCGCCUCCCAGGCUGCUCACGCCCUCUUCAAUGCGCGCUCUACCAACUCUGCCAUUUCUCUCGGCCAUUUAGAUCAAGCUCGAGAUCUCGCCGGUCACGCCCAGGAGGCCGCCGAUCACGCUAUUGACGCUGCCCUCGAUGCUGCCGCCAACGCUAGUGCUGCUAAGGCUGCUGCCGCCGGCCGCAGCUGA